AUGGCCUCUGCUUACGACCCUAGCGAUAUCGAAUAUUGCGAAUUGAGAAACUUUACGUUUGAAAAUGGGGAAACUCUACCGGUCGUUCGACUGGCCUACCGAGACUUGAACCCCGGUGGCAAGAAGGCGGCACUUAUUCCUACAUGCUUCCGAGGGAGAAUUAACACUACCCUGAACUUCACUAAAGGAGCCCUCCAGAGCCAUCGGGUGAUUGUCGUGGCACUUUUUGGCAACGGGGAAUCGGCAAGUCCUUCGAAUACGGCCAAUUUCCCUUCCACUAUCAGCUACAAGGACUGUGUUCAAGCCCAGCAUAGAUUGUUGACAGAAAAACUGGGUAUCGCGACACUUAAUGUCGUGGUCGGAUUUUCAAUGGGCGGACAGUGUACCUAUCACUGGGCUGCGAUGCACCCUGGAAUGGUCCAAAAUGCGGUGAUUAUAUGCUCUUCUGCCAAAACCAGUCUACACAACCGCCAAUUCCUGGAAGGCCCAAAAGCUGCUCUCCUGCACUCAAUCGACUAUAAUGACGGUCACCUCACUGAAAGCAAAAUUCCGAUAAGAGGUCUACAUGCAUUUGGCAGGGCAUAUUCUGCCUGGUUGACGAGCGCUGAAUGGUUUGAAAAGCGGCUUUUCGAGAAACAGGGGUUCAAAACUCUGGAAGCUUGGGCUGAGGUAGUUGGUGGGAAGAAUUAUGAGGAUUGGCACCCGGAUAAUUUGCUAUCUAUGCUAGGGAUGUGGCAGCGUUCUGAUCUCAGCUUGACAGUGAGCAGGACGGUUGAAGAGACGACGGUUGAAGCUACAUUGAGAAGACUGACAUCAAACAUUCUCUUGAUGCCUUGCCUGACCGAUCAGUACUUCAAGUGGGAGGCAAGUAAGAUAGAAGCUAGCUUUUUACAGCAUGGAGAGUUGGCGAUCAUUCCGUCAAUCUGGGGUCACACCGCGGGAGGUGGAGGCAGCCCCGAAGAUACCGAGUGGAUGGACCAAAGGAUCAACCGGUUUUUGGGUCAGAGCUAA